AUGGUGCUGCUGUGCCCAUCGAUCAGUGCACUCCAUAAACUCAUAAGCAUCUGUGAGCGAUAUGCGGAGGCCCACGGACUCAGGUACAAUUCUGCUAAGAGUGAGCUGCUAGUUUUCAAAACUAAAUACAAGACCUACAAAGUUCCACCUGUUAGGCUUAAUGGCACUCCUCUCAAGCAAGUACCGAGUUUUAAGUAUCUGGGUCAUUGGGUCGACGAGUCGCUUAGGGAUGAUGUGGACAUGGAGCGAGAGCGUAGGGCUUUGUGCGUUAGAGCCAAUAUGCUCGCCCGCAGCCUGUGGAUGAAUUACUCCCAAGGAGCGUACAAGGCCCUGCGCACUCAGUACAACAAUGCCUUCAGGGGACUGAUGGGGCUGCCACGCUACUGCAGCGCGUCAGGUAUGUUAGCGGAGGUUGAGGUUGAUAGUUUCUCAGCUAUCAUCCGAAAGAGCAUCGCUUCUCUAAUCUAUCGUGUGCGUGGCAGCCCCAACAGCCUCCUGCAGACGGUCGCGGCGAGAUUGGACGUGGACAGUGCGAUUAUGCGACACUGGACCAGCGUCCAUCUCGCCAAAGACGUUAGGAAGAUGGAAUUUCUGGAUGAAAAGAGGCCAUUCUCAAAGUGA